UAGCAAGUUGAUGAGCACCCGAGAUAGUCUCAGAUGGUUAGGGUUUUUGCAAUGGAAACGUUGAAUUAAUUUAUGUACUAUCUGAAUUAGAAAUAUCGCUGCUCUAACAGCAUUAAGCAUACCAAAAUGAAAUCUUGCUAGCUAGCUAGCUUCUAUGGCUGUGUUAGCUACUAGAUGACUAGGUGUUUUGGUAAACUAGCAAACCAAAUGAAAGUCUAACAUUGAUGCGAAGGACGAUUGUGGAGUACAUACUUUGGUAUGGUCUGUGAUCAGAGUUAGUUAAAGUUCAUGAAUGUGUAUUAAGAUUGUUAUUGUUUUACACAAUGACGUCUGGCAAGCCUUCAAUUGAUGCAAAGGUACUGCAAUAUGAAACCUUUCUCGAUGACGUGUUGAAGCGUGAUCUACAGACGGUUCUGGAGCAAAGAGAUGGUGUGUAUGAAAAAAUUGCACAAUACCUUCAACUGAAGAAUACAAUUAAAAGUAUUCAGGAAGCAGGUAGCAAAGAACUAAAGACGGAUGUUGAUCUUGGCUGUAAUUUCUAUAUUCAAGCUCAUGUACCUGAUGCGUCCAAAAUCUUUGUUGCAGUUGGAUAUGGAUUUUUUGUUGAACUCACACAUUCUGAAGCACUGACAUUCAUAGAGAAGAAGACCAGCCAGCUUACAGAAUAUAGUGAGGUUCUUUCUAAAGAUGCAGCAAAGAUCAAAGCAAACAUUCGCAUGGUUUUGGAGGGUUUAAGGGAACUACAGGGUCUGAAAGAUCUUCCUGAAACACAAAGAAGAGAGGUGUUUUAGUACAGAUUUGAUUCAGGGCUGCAUCCCUGGCAGACAGUUAUAUUUUUGAGACGUAAUGUAUGAUUUGAGUUGGGUCUUAAUUUUAUAUACCGUAACCAUUGUGUAGUUCAGUGGGACUUGGUUUCCUAACAGGUUAUACUGUUGAGCUGCAAAAUAUGUUCAAUAAAGUGCAUCAUCUUUUGAAUAA